AUGACCUUUCCAGAGCCUUCCUUGGUGACCAUUGCUAUAAAUAAAAAUUUUAUCGAAAUUAGAACGGAAUAUGAUUCUGCGGAUGGAGGGAUUCCAAUUUUGUCUCAGAAAGGUUAUGCAUGUGCUUCACGUAACCAGAUACGUGGCAUAAUCAGAUACGUUGACAUAACCGAAGUGCCGGAUUUCAACACGAUGUAUGAGCUUUACGAUCCAUCGACAGUCAUGUUCUUCUUCAGAAACAAACACAUCAUGAUCGAUCUCGGUACCGGGAACAACAACAAGAUCAACUGGGCUCUCAAGGACAAGCAGGAGUUCAUUGACAUCGUUGAGACCGUGUACCGUGGUGCGAGAAAGGGUCGCGGUCUCGUGAUUGCUCCCAAAGAUUACUCCACCAAGUACCGGUACUGA